GUUUCUUCACAUGCAAAAACUCCAUUUUUACUGUCUCUUCUCUCUCUUCACCUUUGCUCUCUUUAUCUGAAAAAAAGUUAUGGCGUCUCCGAUAUCAAGUUAUGGAAGCUUUGUUCUUUCUCUUAAAGUAGCUUUAAUGUCCACUGCUGUAUUAUCAGUUGCAGUUGUAUUAAAGCUGUCAGUUCCGUUAGUUACAGAUUUUGCAGUCUCUGAACUUCCUGUCAUGUAUGCCUCUUUUCUCGCUUGGCUUCGUCCUCCUUAUCUCUAUUUAGUAAUUAACGGAAUAAUCAUCUCCAUCGUCGCCUCCUCCAAGCUCCUACUUCAAACACCCGAAGAAUCCAAAAAACCUGAGAUAAUCCCUCAGCCACUGCCGCGGGUGGCACCGAUGAAGGUCUCUGGCGUAGUUCUUUCCAGCGGAUUAGAGUACCAAGAUUUGAAUGUGACAGGCAUGGUUAUGGAUGAUAAGGAAGUAACAGUAGUGAACGGUCGGGAUGAGGUGGUUAGUUUGUCCAAAUCGGCGCAGCCACUGGAGAGGAGUGAUUCUGUGGAGUUAUUGGCUGAGAGACAGAAGCCUUUGGUUUCUGCAAGAUUUGGUUUGAAGAAAUCAGUAAAAUCAAGCCCUGAAGCCGGAAAAACUACAGUAUUGGGCGUUUCUAAACCGAAACGGCAGGACACGUUGGAGAGCGCGUGGAAGAUGAUAACCGACGGCCGUCCAAUGCCAUUAACCAGACAUUUAAAAAAAUCCGACACGUGGGACUCUCACGUGAGCAGCACCCCGCCGUCGACGACGAUGAAGAAAUCGGAUACUUUCAGUGAAAACAAUAGUAAGUCGAAGCUGAGUCAGAAUCGUCAGGGAUCAGGGAAACUCAAGAAGGAACCAUCGUUGAGUCAGGACGAGUUGAAUCGACGAGUGGAAGCGUUUAUUAAGAAGUUUAACGAGGAAAUGAGGUUGCAAAGACAGGAGUCACUGAACCAGUUCCAAGAAAUGAUCAGUCGUGGGGCUUAUUAGGAAUUUGGAAUAUAUUCGUGGAUUGAAGAGUAAAGUUACAUCUUCAACAAAAGGAGAAAGAGAAGCAAAGAAUUUUGGUUAAGAUAGUAAAUUUGUAAAUUAAUUUCCA